AUGUCGGUCAGCUCGGGUCAAUCGCUCCAGCUGGCCGACUACCUGGAGAAGCUGCCGGGCACGACCUUCAGGAAGCUCUACUUGCAGCCCUCGACGGCCUUUGCCAUAUUCCGAAGAAUGAUUCCGCCGUUGGCAAAAACCAUCGUAAUGGCUAUUCUCUACAUGCCGAAGCCCAUGCUGUUAGAGGACCUGGACGUCUGGGUCAAGCCAGAUUCACGAAGGCAAAAAGACCAGGCUAUCUCGACCCUCCGCAGCCUCCACAUCCUCCAAAUCACCGUCCCCUCCAAGGAACGCCCCCAGGAGAUGCAGCUCACAACGAACUUCAAAAACUCGCUGCGCCUUGCCCUCGAGGGCGGCGGCACCCACAACUCCUUUGGCGUGCCGUCUUCGCUUCCCGUCCCGCCCGAGAUCACCGUCCCCUUCCUCGACCGCUACGCCCGCCGCAAGUGGGAGGAUAUCCUGCACUACAUUGUCAACACUGUCAACCCUGGCGGCGCCGACCUGGGCGGGCCUAAGUCGUCCGUUAAGAACCUACUCGUCGCCGGCCAGCUCGUUCGCCGCCAGGGGUCCGCCGUUGGAAUCACCCAGGCCGGCUUCACCUUCCUCCUGCAGGAGGCCAACGCCCAGGUCUGGACCCUCCUGCUGUUGUGGCUCGAGGCCACCGACCACGCCGAGGACGCCGCAGGAAUGGAGAGCACCGACAUGCUCAGCUUCCUCUUCCUCCUCGCCAGUCUCGAGCUCGGCAGGGCCUACGACACAAACGCUCUCACCGAGGCCCGGCGCAACAUGCUCCCCAGCCUGCUCGAUUUCGGCCUCAUCUACAUCCCUUCCCACAAGCCCCAGCAGUACUUUCCUACUCGCCUCGCGACGACCCUCACAAGCAGCUCCAGCGCCCUCCGCAGCGCAGGUGCAGGGUUCUCCGCCGCCCUCGCCGCGGCAACCGGCCCACGCCCCUCCAACGGCAUUACGCCGGGCGGCAACGAGGAGAACAAGGGUGGCAGCAUCAUCGUCGAGACUAACUACAGAGUCUACGCCUACGGUCAGACACCCCUGCAGAUCGCAGUGCUCUCCCUGUUCUGCAAGCUCAAACUGCGCUUUGCCGACAUGGUGUCCGGCCGAUUGACGCGCAACUCGAUCCGCAACGCCGUCGAACGGGGUAUCACGGCCGACCAGAUCAUCUCCUACCUUGCCGCCCACGCCCACGAGCAGAUGCACCGCAUGGCCGCCGUGCGAAGUAGGCCCGUCCUGCCGCCCACGGUUGUCGAUCAGAUCCGACUGUGGCAGCUUGAGACGGAGCGCAUGACGACGACGAGCGGCUUCUUGUUCCGCGACUUUGACAACCCCAAGGAGUACGAAGAUAUCGCGGGCUACGCGGCGGAGAUUGGCGUGCUGGUGUGGCGCAACGACAAGCUGGGCAUGUUCUUUGCUAGCAAGCACGAGCAGAUCAGGGAUUACCUGAAGCUCAGGAAGAAGGCGGAGGAUUAG